GUUUUCUGUGUCCUCGCGGAAGAGAGCCGAGCGACAGACGCGCAGAAAAGCCCCAAACAGAAAAUCUGAAUCACCGGGAAUAAAACACAGAGGAGUGUGUCUGCUGCAGCACAGAGUUUGUGACAGUGUGUGUGUGAGUGUGUGUGGCAGACAUGGUGUUAUAUCUGCAGCGGCGGACCUGAAGGAGAACAGCCGGUAUCAUGGCCCACGUAGGCAACGGAGCAGAGGAGGAGGACUGCUUUGAAGAUGCCUAUGACAAAAUACCUGCAGCGUGUAAGAUGGACCUGCACACAGCCAUCCAAGAGACUCAGUGCGCUCUCAACCUGGUCCUCAACAACAAGUUCUCCGAAGCCCUGGACCUCCUCAAACCAUGGUCGAGGGACAGCAUGUACCAUGCGUUGGGUUACAGCACCAUCCUGGUGAUGCAGGCCACCAUGACCUUUGAGCACAAAGACAUCCAGACGGCCAUGUCCACCAUCAAGGACGCGCUGCAGACCUGCCAGAGAUUCAGGAAGAGGAACUCAGUGGUCGGCUCUCUGUCCAGUCUCAUCAGCAAGCAGUCCAACCUGCAGGAAGAGGAGAUGCACGCAGAGAUCUGCUACGCUGAGUGUCUGCUGCAGAAAGCCACGCUGACCUUUGUGCAGGACGAAAACAUGAUCAGUUUCAUAAAAGGAGGCAUCAAGAUUCGAACCAGCUACCAAAUUUACAAGGAAUGUCAGAACUCCCUGAAUGCCGCUCAGGACGUGGCGGGCCAGUCCGAUGCGUUCAGGCAGUUCGAGGGCGGGGUAAAGCUUGGCAUCGGAUCGUUCAACCUGAUGCUGUCUCUUCUACCUCAGAGGAUUUUGAGGUUGUUGGAGUUCAUCGGAUUCUCAGGAAACAGGGGGUUUGGUCUCUCUCAGCUGAGGGAGGGGGCCUCCAGCCACAGCCUGCGGUCCGUCCUCUGCUCUCUCACGCUGCUCUUCUACAACACAUAUGUGUCCCUGAUACUCGGAACUGGAGAGGGAAACCUUCUGGAGGCUGAAUCUCUGCUGGAGCCCUACCAACAGAAAUACCCCAAAGGCUCCAUCAUUCUCUUCUACUCCGCUCGUAUCUCCACGCUACGAGGAAACUUCGAGAAGGCCCGGGCGAUGUACGAGGAGUGCAUCAGCAGCCAGCAGGAGUGGAAGCAGAUCCACCAUCUGUGCUACUGGGAGCUGAUGUGGACACACUCCUACCAGCAGGAGUGGCAGCAGGCGUACCACUACGCUGACCUACUGUGCAAGGAGAGCCGCUGGUCCAAGGCUAUUUAUGUGUACCAGAAGGCCGCCAUUCUCAGUAUGAUGUCAGAGGAGGACGCAAAGAAGACGGGGGAGGACAUCAUGGAGCUCUUUAGGCAGGUGGAGGGGCUCAAACAGCGGCUGGCGGGGAAGUCCAUCCCGACAGAGAAAUUUGCCGUGAGGAAAUCCAGACGCUACAAAGCUGCUAGCCCCAUCCCCCUGGUCAUCCCCGCACUGGAGAUGAUGUACGUUUGGAACGGUUUCACCAUCGUCGGGAAAAGAGCCGACAGCACCGAGGCCUUGCUGGUGACAAUAGAGACGGCCGAGGAGCAGCUACGCACCGAUCCCAGCCCGUCGGAGUUCCACCCGGACGACAGCUGCCUGGUACAGAUGUUGAAGGGCCUCUGUCUGAAACACCUGGGCAGGUUACUGCAGGCCGAGCUCUGCUUCACACAGGUCCUCUCCAGCGAGAGUCGUAUCCGAUACGAUCACUACCUGAUCCCCUUCACUCUCUACGAGCUGGGACUGCUCUACAAACAACAGGGAGACUUCACCAAGGCAACCUCCUACAUCGAGACUGCCAAGAUGAACUACAAAGAUUACUCCAUGGAGUCCCGGCUGCACUUCAGGAUCCACGCAGCUCUGAGCAGCCUCAGAGGAUCUCCUGUCGGCACCCCAUAAUCCACAGGGACCCCCCCCCCCAUCACAUCCAGCAGGAAUUCUCCAUUGCUUAUAUUACACGUUUCCUUAUUUAUUUAUUUGUUGUUGUGAGGACAGAUGAGAGCGUCUCAAACCGGCUCAGGGUCUCCAGAGUUUAUCCACAGGUUCAGCGACGGGCUUCAAUGCAAGAUCUUUAAUGAAUCAAUUAGUUCACGAUUUCACACUCAUGGUGCGUUUACACUGGAAACCAGUUCGACCAGCUCACCAUUUGUCUCUAUCUCGUUUGGUGUAGCGGUAAAGACCCAGAAUCCACGGCUUUAAUUGCAAUAACCGUACCAAAAUUAACAAAAUAAUGAGACGGAUUGCUGAAAAGUCUUCUGAAGGGAGUUUGGUUUAAUCCUCUUUGCAUCUGCGUGGGAAAAACUAACUGUGUGUCGGAUGCGAACGCACCAUCAGGGGCUCGUUCAAUCAGAGACGCUUUUCAGACAACAGCAGGUUCUCAGAUUAAAGCACCAGGUAAGAACUGUUUCUUAAUAAAUAGGUGGCAAAAGAUCUGGGAAACCAUUCUGUUCCGCCUCCUCUAUGCCGUUUUAAUCUAAUGCUAGCUAAAAAAUCAUGGCCUUAUAACGCUCAUAACCACGCAUUCAGGCAAAAAGGAUGUAUUGUUUGAGGGUAGAAUCAGAAAUGCUGAGGUGAUGAUGAGCGUGCGUACAUGUUAACCGCAGGGAGAGGUUAGUAUGCUUUAUAUUUAUUACUUUGCCUUUUGUUUUCCUCUUCCUCAUAAUGCAUCAUGCACACAAACAAGCCUUCUCACCAAGCGUGGCUUAUACACACACACACACACACACACACACACACACACACACACACACACACACACACACACACACACACACACACACACACACACACACACACACACAAUCCAUUCAUUCCAAGCUUGCACACACUGGGAAACCCGCAUAUUAAAACAGGAGACCUGCACACACAUGAGGGCAGUAAACGCAGAUUGAGCAGCAAUAUCAGAUCCCUCUGUUUGCGUCGGACAUGUUUUAAAUACGGUUUCUCUUAUUUGAUCUUCCGUUAACGGUCAGCUUAUAUUUCCAGGAACAUGAAGAGAGUUCAGAGUGAGAUUUCAAACACAAAGCAUCAAAGAUUAUGUGUAAUGGUAAACGGGAGAGAGAAGAAACUGAUGGAAAAUGUUUGCUUUGUAAAUUGAAAUGAAUCAGUUUUAGUAAAGAUGAACACCCCUGUGUGACAAAUCUACCAAAACCAGUGCAAUCUGCAAACCUAAGCUACUUCAAAUGCCUUUAUUUAGGUUUGUGUUUGAUUGGCCUUCUUGUUGUUUGGCUGCUCCCUAGUGGACAUGAGAUAUAUAUAUUCAACAAAGACGAGCUAAACGUCCAUAAAGGGUCCUUCUUUUCUCCUCUGCCUCCACACAUGACAAUUUUCUUUAUUUACUAAAAUAUAUUUAUAUAUUUCUUCAAACUAAAACGCUUAAACGCCCUCUUUGCGACACCAUGAAGCGCACCGAAGGCUUUUAUUGACUUCCACAGAAUGAAGGCCUGUUUUUCCUUUCCUAAAAUAAAUGAUAUUCUAUCAUUUACUCUUCAUUAUAUAAACCAGCAACAUAAAUGGAGAGCAGUUCGUUUAGUUUAUAUAUAUUUACGUAUGUUUUUCUAGAAAGCACAAUCUAUAAUCCUUUUUUCUGCGUUUGACUUCAAGUACUUUGAUUCCACUCACUGCUUUGUAUAUGAAAUACUAACACUAUGUCAGAAAGGUACGCUUGGUUUUUACCAAGUGAAAUUGGGGAAUGGUGGCUUUUUAUUAUACUCAAUAUGUCUGAGGAACAGUUUGUCUCUAAUUGGUCCAUGUUGAGCCUUCUCCCUGUAAAGAAUGUGUUGGACCAAAUUAUACCUGUCUUUUAUCCGUGUGUAUUUUGUGCCCGUUUUGUUGGGACCUUCUGGGACUAACUUUAUUGGCUAUGUGCAGUACAUAUUUAAGAGGUUUUAUACAGUUGAUACCCGUUUAAAUCAAAGGACCAGAGUCUGAAACAUUUGGCAGGAAAUCAACUAUAAGUAAUGCCGCUGAUUACACCCUCCCGCUAAAAUGCUAAUGCUAUGAAGCGGCCAAGCUAACGUUGCUAAUAAAAACAAGGUUUUGCUGCUGGAAAAACUAAAUGAACUCAGCGAUUAUUAAAGAUAAUGUUCCUAGUGUUAUCAGUUUGCUAUUACGUGAUUGGUUUAUCAAAAGUGCGCUGCCUCACGCCCUUAGCUUAUGCUACAGUAUUAGCAUGUUGCCUGUUAUAAGUGGUAUCAUCACUAGCAUAGGCUAAAGAAUUAGCAUUACAUUGAGAGCGUCUUUUCAACGCCUUUUGGGAUCAUAACUUUUUUCCUUCAUUUCCCUGAAAAUAAAAGUCUUCAAUAUUUUUCAUUUUCACAGCCAGAUAUGUGCUUCUGUGUUUUGAACUGUUGUUUGUAUUAUUAUGGUUUGCAUCGCAUGCUUUUCGUUAUGUUUUCUUAUAUAUGGACUUUACUGUAUUUGCUUUACGGCAGGAAGUGACAUCACCAAAUAUUCACGGUUGUAGACGGCGGUGCAAUAAAGAGGCAUCAGACGAACAGGUUUUCAGCUGGUACCGCUGUGCAUAAGUGUCCCUUUGUGCGUCUUACAUUCUUCAGCCUUUUAUUAAUAUAAAUACUCGCACAAAAUAUGUAUUACUUGAGCUCACGGUUUCUUUUAACACAGCGUUUCAAUGCAGACACUCGUAAAAGCAGGUUUGUGGGUUCACUGAUGCGUUGGGACAAAAAGGAUUUCUGUUGUGUGCAUUAAGUUAUUAUACAAGUUACCAAAGUUACUUUCCGUGAAGUUUCUGCAAUAUAAUUUGAAAGCCAUAUUUGUUGUAUUGCCUUUCUACUCAACAGCUUCUGGUUUCCUACAUUAGUUCUUAUUAAUGCAUAUUGAUGUUCAAAAUCUGAAAUCUGUUCUCAAAACAUUGAGGAGAUUUUAAGAAACUUCGCUUCUGGUGCAUUUUGUGGCAUUAAAACUAAUUAAACAAUAACACUUUUACUGUCAAAUAUUCAGUAAUGUUUAACGAGAUGUUCUUUAUUUGACUCAUCAUGGAAACUCUGCUGCUGUUGUUUAUGGUGUCUUUGUGGCUUUGUGUAUAUCCAGCUAACAGCAAGAGAUGCUAAGGGAGAUUUUUAGACCUCGAUAACAAAGAGUAUACUGUAUUUACUCAGUGAUAGUUUCUAGUUGACUUUGGCUUUUUUUUUUACUUUAUUGACAUGUAAUUAUAGAAAUGUCUACAUCUGAAAUCUCUGUUUGAAAUUCAGAAGUAAAUAAAGUAAGAGGUUAAAAUAA